AAAGACUUAGCGGUUGCAAGAUGAAAUAUCUGUCUACUUACCUUCUCUGUUUAAAAAUUGUAAACAAAAGUUGCUGUCCAGUCUGAAAAUCUGAGAUGUGAACGUUGAUUGCAAUGGAAGAAAAAGAGAAUGCAAAAUUGCAUAAAGAAGAGGGUGACAUCUUAAGAAUAACUGUACAUUUCUGUGAUAAAAUAAAAUCUGAUAUUUUAUUAACACAUCCAAUUGUUUGUAUGCAUGUUGUUGAUGCUACUGAUGGCAGUUAUAUUAAAAAAUGUGACAGAAAUCGUUCAGUUACCUUCUUUUAUGAAAAUCAGAGGGGUGAUGUUGACUACAUAAUGCCUAUUAUGACUCAACCAUGUACAGCAUCAGGAGAAAAAUUGCAUCUGCUUAUUUGGGAAGAAUCUUUCAUUUUAAAUGAAUGCUUUGAUUAUUUUGUGAAGAAGGACCUAAAUGUUGUGUUGUUUUUUGAAAUCAUAGAUCUAAAUCCUGCGUUUCGUACCAAGCAAAGAUAUGAAAGAUUAAAUCGAAACAGAUUGCAGAAAAUUGCCUGGGCAUUUUUAAAGGUUGCAGGCUCAAAUGAUGUGAUUAACACUGGAUCUAAGAUGCGACUGCAGUUAUUUAAACCAUGUUCUCACUAUAAGAACAGUAAAUCAUCCAAGAUAGAAGUAUAUAACUGGUGGCGUUACCUACCAAGAAUGCCACUUCAAGCUUCAAUUUAUGUUAGUGUUGAACCAUAUUCUUCUGUUACUGUUGAACCAGCUUUACGCUCAAUGCUUCCAAUGCAAGAG